UGUAUAAUGCGACUGACAUUACGACAGAAAUGGGUGGAAAUGAGACUUUCAUACGAGAAAGAAAGAUCCUCCGAUAAACCAAUCAAACUUCGAUCGAUUGCGUACAUUUGGAAUCCGAAUUUACAAAUAUUGAACGCGCUUGAAACCACAUCAAUUGGACGAGAUGAGAUUCGUGUUUAUAAAAGUGGUCUGGUUGAAUACGUCCAAAGGAUGAUUGUAACAACCUACGAACACCAUCAUCUUCAUACGUUUCCGUUCGAGAAACGAAACUGUACAUUGAGAUUUACGAACGGUGAGUAG